GUUCUCUGAAUCCCGCUGAGUUCCUCACUGUCACUACCUGUCCAAAAGCCCCCUGAUCACGGUGAGCACACGGUCGCGUCCAUAACAACAAAGACGACUCUCCCGAGGGUCGUUCCAAAACACCACAACAAGUGAAGACAAACAGAAAAGUAUUUGAGAUGGCCCAUGCACAUCAACUUUUUCAUUGUUCUGUCAGUUGCCGGUAAUAUGUCAAUAUCCCAGAGAUGGUGGCAGGCUGCUUCAAGACAUAACAAGGCUGCCAAGGGCCAAGGCACACCAAUAAGUUAUAAGAUGCUGAGGUCCGUACAUUGGACAUCCCCUUCAUGAUUAUGACAAACAAAAAUGCAUCCCCCGCUGCAGAACUUGGAUCGUAUGUUUAUAGUCUCAGUAUGGCUUGAAAGUGUGGUUUACGGAAUCAACUGCGUGCUUUUGUUUGCAUGUAUAUAUACCUUGGUGAAUCAGAACAGAAGGCCGCAUAGGGUCCUCGUUGCGUCGUGUAUCUUCCACAUCUCAGUCUCGACAGCACACACCGUCAUCUCCCUUCUUCUGUCUUUGCAAGGAUUCACAACCCCGUCCAUAACAUCUGUCCCUAAUGGGAGCAAUAUUUACGUCGUCUCGCCAACAUCAUUUAUGUUGACAAAUCUGUCACUGUUUCUCCUCAAUGUACUCGCUCAAGAUUUGCUACUGAUCUGGAGGCUUUACGUUGUUUGGAACCACAGCUGGAAGUUUGUCAUUCCUUCGUUGAUUUUAGAAGUUGCACAUAUCGCCUGUGCUAGCGUAGCCGUGUUUUUGAUUUCUCGGCCCGACGAAUACCUCUUCUCACACAAUGUUCAAGCUUUUGGCAAAGCCAGUUGGUCACUGGGUCUUUUUCUCAAUACCGGUAUCACAUGUGGAAUUGCGUAUCGUCUUUGGGUUAAGGGACGAGAGGUAUCUGAUUUAACCGGCCGCAAUGUCUACAAGGCUGCCAUGUUUACCAUCAUCGAGUCCGGUACACUUACAGCCGGCUUCACUCUGAUAAUGUUCGCUUUGGAUGUAGCUGGCAGCCCAUCUGGUUUCAUGGCAUUCAAUGUUUAUGUUCAACUUGCUACCACGACGCCUCUUCUUAUCAUCACCCGUCUCGGCCUUGGCCUGACUAGCAUAGGCACACAUUUCGAGAAAUCGACAAGUCCUACGGUGACCUUUGCACCAGUCCAGAUCGAUGUCAGCGAGGAUAGCUGUACUUACCCUAUGGCUCCCAUGUCACCAUUUGCUGCUCGGAAGACUGGGAGCAUGCAGUCAUUCUACCGUGGGGCGUAGCAACAAUACAUUGUAAUGGUUCUCAAUCAUACCCUUUUCAUCUACGAUUUUUUUAUCAUUAUUUAUUGUCCGUUGGAGCCGCGCUUUGUGGUGGAUAAUACAUACAAGUAUAUCUACAAUAUCAAACAGACUCUCGUAGUAUAUUGCAUGUACUGUCUACAUCGGGCGUCGCGGUUGCCCCUCAUUUCUCAAGAGACUUUGUCGGAUCAUAGCGCUGCCGGC